AUGAGCAAGAGAAGAAAAAAGCGAAGAAAUGACGACAUCGAUGAAGAUGAUGAGCUUGCAAUCAAUGACAUAGAUAAAGAUGGGGAUAGAGAUGAGGAAGAUAAUGAAGAUGAAGAAGAGAGCAAAUCGAAAUUCGCUGCGGAAAUGGCUUGGGAAGAUGAGGAGUUUGAAGAUGAGGAAAAGCGAGCGACCAAACGAGAAGCCACCAAGACUAUCUUAGGAGAGGAUUUGAAACCUAAGGCUAAAAAACGACGGCUAACACCAGAACAACUAGCUCUCGGUGAACAAUUAAUAUAUUCGAGUAAAUCGGCGAGGGAAAUUGAGGAAUGGGGUUGGAACAGGUACACCAAUAAUGAUGAAGGUCUUCCGGAUUGGUUUGUUGAAGAUGAAAGAAAACAUUACCGCAAGCAAUUGCCAGUAACUAAGGCUCAAGUCGAGGAGUAUAAGAAACGUCUUCGCGAACUCAAUGCUCGUCCUUGCAAGAAGGUUGCCGAAGCAAAAGCUAGAAAGCAGAGAAGAGCUUUACGGCGACUGCAGACUGCCAAGAAGAAGGCUGAAGGUGUGUUGGAGAAUGAAAACCUUGAGCACGCUGAGAAGGUUCGAGAAAUGAAAAAAAUUUAUGCUUCUGCUCAUAAAAAAGAGAAGAAGAAAACUGAGCUUGUAGUGAUGACUAAGGGCAAAAAAGGAAAGAUGUCAAGACCGAAUGGACGGUAUAAGCUUGUGGAUCGUCGAAUGAAAAAGGAUCUGCGUGCUAUGAAGAAUAAGGAAAAGACGAAAGGACGAGGAAAAAAGACUCAUACUGGAAGAGGACGUCGUUAA